CGAACAACGCAAGAAUAAUUUGAAAUUGGGUCCAGGCUAGCCCUGGCGGUAAUUUGAAAUCGAUUUUAGAUGACCGGGUGGUAACUUGAAAUGCAGGGAACGUUGAAGGCUUUACACCGGGCUAUUAUCAUCGUCGUCGGAGGCGGAAUGAUUACGAAACUGCGGUUGACAAUAAACCUCUGUCUCCUUUUAUGUUAAUUGCAUUCGUUUCCCUGAUUUUCGCCGAUUCCGACCAAAGUCUGCUGCAACGAUUGCCAAAGAUGUCAUAGUGUUAGCCAAGCGAAUUACCAUUAUGUAAAUUAAACGUGAGUCCUUGAUGAAACUGGUAUCGAAAUAUUAUCUUACAUCAGAAGCAUCAUCAAUAUUUAUCAGCUUUUAAAGAUAAAGGAAGAUUCUGUAUAAGAAAUAUGAUACUUGUAUAAAUCUGGGGAAGCAUGGCAAAAUGUUUCACUCUGGGUGAGAUUAUUAGCAACAUUUUUGAAGGUCACCGUCUGGAAUGAGAACAAAAUUCUGCAUUCUAAAUAAAUAUAUUUAUAAAUUACUUUACAUCAUCUUCAGAUAUUGGUAAAGACUGCAGCUGAUGGGAAUAUAACUGAAGGAAUACUUGUUAAAAAUAAUUUAUAAAAAGAAAAGCAAGUGAAGUGUUCUUAUAUUGUGGAGAAAUAAGAAAAACUUAUGUUAUGAGUUAAAAGAUUGCUUUAAAUGUUUGUCCUUCAGAAAUGGCCAAAAAAUUAGGAAAGUCCUCACCUGAGUGUGAUAUCUGUGGAAAGUUAUUCACUACAAAGGAUCAUCUUACUACUCAUAUACGUAUUCAUACAGGAGUGAAACCAUAUCAAUGCGAUAUCUGUGGUAGAUCAUUCUCUCGGUCUACAGAAUUAACUACUCACAAACGUGUUCAUACAGGAGAGAAGCCAUAUAAAUGUGAUAUCUGUGGACAAUCAUUUACACGUAGAGAUGUUUUAACCAGACACAGACGUAUUCACACAGGAGAGAGACCUUAUCAGUGUGAUACGUGUAGUAAAUCAUUCCCCAAUAGUACAAACCUGACUGCUCACAAACGUAUUCAUACUGGAGAAAAACCAUAUCAUUGUGAUUUUUGUGGUAGAUCAUUCACUCAAAAUAACCAGCUAACUAAACACAAACGCAUUCAUACAGGAGAAAAGCCCUAUCAAUGCGAUUUGUGUGAUAAAUCAUUCUCUCGAAAUGAUAAUCUAACAGCUCACAGACACAUCCAUACAGGAGAGAAACCAUAUUGGUGUGAUAUCUGUGGUAAAUCAUUCCCUCGAAAUAGUGCCUUGAUUGAUCACAAAUGCAUUCAUACAGGAGAAAAGCGAUUUCAUUGUGAUGUUUGUGGUAAAGCAUUCGUUCAAAGUAAUCUUUUAAAGGGACAUAUACGCAUUCAUACUGGGGAAAAACCAUAUCAGUGUGAUAUUUGUGGUAAAUCAUUUGCUAAAAGUACUGCUGUAACUCUACACAAACAUAUUCACACUAAAGAAAAGCCAUAUCAUUGCGAUAUCUGUGGUAAAUCAUUCUCUCGCAGAAAUUAUCUGGCUAAGCACAAGAGUAUUCAUACAGCUUCAAGACUACAUCACUGUAAUAUCUGUGAUAAAUCAUUCUCUCAGCAUGAUGAAUUAACCAAUCACAUAUGUAUUCCUACAUCAUGAGACAAAACACAUCAUUGAUACAAACAUUGUAUCAGCACUCUGAUGCUGAUGAUCUUGAGAGACAAGUUGAGCAUAAGAGGCAUGAGAUGUGGUGUGAAAGAGAGAUGACUGUGAUGCGUAUGGACGAGGACAACUGCAUAAAGAAGUGCCAAUCUCUAACUGUGGAUGGUAGCUAGGGUAGAGGUAGACUCAGGAAUACAUGGUAUGAGGCAAUGACUAGUGACCGAGACCUUUGACAAUAUGCUGUGCUUGAGAGGACUUGUCAAGCAAGGUGAAGUCGUAGUUGUGGAUAAUGCUGGUUGCGUGUAAAAAGCAGCUUUUGAGUGUUUGACCUCACGGAGGCAAUCACAGAAACCUUUGGCAUUGCGCUGUGCUAGAGAAUAAAAACCAUCAAGCCAAGUAAAGUCACAGUUGUGGAAGAUACCGGUGUCAUGCAAAUGGCACCCGUGCCAGUGUAACUUAAUAGCACCCAUUACACUCUCAGAGUGGUUGG